UCCAGGUUCCUCUGAGACGCAUUCGACUAGAAGCUGCUCGUGAAGGAGCAUCGUGAUGAACGUGUACAAAGCAGUGUUCCUCCUGGGAGCCGUGAUCUGCAAUGGUGGUUCCACCGUUCACUCACAGCUGACGUGUGCUUUCGGUGAUGGCACAGGAUACAGAGGCACGAUUGCUGUAACCUGGUCUGGAAAAAAAUGUCAGAGGUGGUCGGAUCAGUGCCCACACCAACACCACAACAGUCCACAGGACAAACCCAACAGCGGCCUUGAAAGCAACUACUGCCGUAACCCUGACGGUGAGCCGAGGCCCUGGUGUUACACCACUGAUCCCAACACUCGCUGGGAGUACUGCCUGGUACCAAGAUGUGAGAAUUCACCUGGAAUAGAGCUGGACUGCACAACUGGUGAUGGCGGAGCGUACAGAGGCAGCAUUGCUGAGACUUGGACCGGAAGAAGAUGUCAGAGUUGGUCGGUUCAGAGCCCACACGAACACAGUUACACCCCACAGAACUACCCUACAAGUGACCUUGAAAGCAACUAUUGUCGUAACCCUGAUGGUGAGGCGUGGCCCUGGUGUUACACUACUUAUGACGGCAUUCGCUGGGAGUACUGCAAUGUGCCAAUGUGUGGGAUUUCAUCUGCACCAGAGCUGACCUGCGCAUCUGGUAAUGGUGAAGCGUACAGAGGAACGCUUUCCAAAACUCGGUCUGGGAGAACAUGUCAGAAGUGGUCGGAUCAGGCUCCACACUCACACGAUUAUACAACACAGAAGUACCCCAGAGGAGGCCUGGUAGGCAACUUCUGUCGUAACCCUGACAACUCAAAGAAGCCCUGGUGUUACACCACUGACCCAGACCUUCGCUGGGACUACUGCACUGUGGCGAGCUGUGGGAAAUGACAUGGAACAGGAUGUCUGGACCGUUCCAAGGAGGAGGGUGUUGGCAAAGAGUAAGCGAAGAUCCAGUAAUUUUAAGAAAAUCCCUCCAGGCUGACAGAGAUGUUCUCAUGCUGAUAUUCUGGUAGCAACUAUGGUGUUUGAUUUUGGUGCUGAUCCAUGGUUAAUCUUUAAUGUCUUCAUAAAAUGUCUGUUCAAUUUCUAACCAGGAGGAGUCUGUUGGACUGGGUUUUAACCAUUGGUGUAAUUUUAAGGUGAUUCUUAGCUUGUUUUUCCAUAUAAAAUUGUGAGAUGGAUGAAUCCAAAGCCAAAAAAUCCAAAAAAUAUCACAAACUAGAAUAUGCACUACGACAGAAAAAUCAUCAUUCCUGGAAUUUUUCCCCAGUGACAUGUGCAGCCCUGUCUGGUCCGUCUAUGCAGGCUAAACUUUGGGGAGGUUUGAACCUUCCUAAUGACUGUGGCCUGUAACUAAAGAAGCCUGUUUGGUCAGAGUGAUUUAUAUAUAGAGUAAUUUUUCUAGUCUAGCAAGCGACUCACUGGAAACAUUUUUCUUUUAAAAGCUGCAACAACUGCACACACUGCAAAGCGUUUCAUAGCAUUUCAUUCAGACGUACAUUAGGCAGGUCUUUGGUAAAUAAUCAAAUAUGGUAUUUUAUUCAAUGAUGAUGUUGCUCAUUUAAGUGUAUUGUGUCAAUGAAUAUAAUCUGUCUACUACACCUUCAGUAGAUGCAAAAGUCACAGAGCUCAAAUGAUAUAAUAUCAUGUUACUGAAACCGUCAUGUUAAUAAAUUUAAAAUCCAAGUUCCUUGA